GCAGGCGGCGUGUUUGAAAGCGAGGCCAAAGAGGGUGGGAGCGCGUGCUGCUGGGAGUUGUUCGGAGGUUGGCGGCGCGGGGCUGAAGGUCCUCAGGCAGAGUGAUCAUGUCGCACAAACAAAUUUACUAUUCGGACAAAUACGACGACGAGGAGUUCGAGUACCGGCAUGUCAUGUUGCCCAAGGACAUAGCCAAGCUGGUUCCUAAAACUCAUUUGAUGUCUGAAUCUGAAUGGAGGAAUCUUGGUGUUCAGCAGAGUCAGGGAUGGGUCCAUUAUAUGAUCCAUGAACCAGAACCUCACAUCUUGCUGUUCCGGCGGCCACUGCCCAAGAAACCAAAGAAAUGAAGCUGGGGAGCCACUUUUCAGCCUCAAGCUUUACACAGCUGUCCUCACUUGCUAACAUCUUCCUGAUGACAUUAUUGUGUUGCCUUCUUGUUUCUCACUUUGAUAUUUAAAGGAUUUUCAAUACACUGAAUGUGCUGGUGACUGCUUUGCUUGUUGAGCAGAACUGACAGGAAGGACCACAGCCCAGCUCGAUGAGUGAGUGCUCUCUGGGUUGCAGCCUCAGCUGUGUGACCCCCAAAAUCUAUGUGAGCUCUGAAUCCAGCAGAACACGCUUGACAGAUGGAGAAAGCAUCUGAGAAUAAGACCACGACUAUUACAGGGAUUGUGUAAACUUGGCUGUUUUGGUUUUUUCCUGCCAGGUGUUGUGUGUAUGUUGAUUUAUGUUUCAGUAUAUUGGAAACUUUCCAUUUUAUUCCAAGAAAUCUGUUCCAUGUUAAAAGCCUUGAUUAAAGAGAAAGUUUUUAUGAUCUAA